AUGCCGCCGCCCUGCCCGAGCGCCCGCGUCGAGGAGGAGAACCUCCUCGUGCGCCUGGCGGCUCGGUGCGCGUCAGGGCGCCAGCUCGAUCAACUCCACGCCCGCGCCGUGCUCCUCGGCCACUCCCGAAACAGCUUCGUCGCCGCCAAGCUCGUCCGCGCCUUCGCCGACCUCGGCCACCUCGGCCGCGCGCGCGCGGUGGCCACGGCGCUCGGCCCCGCCGCCAACGCCUUCGUGUGGACAGCGCUGGUGCGAGCGCACUCCCAGUCGGACGCCGCCGCGCGCGAUGCCGUGGCGCUCUACGCCCAGAUGCAUCACGGUUGCCCGGGGAUCAAGCCGCUCACCUUCACCGUUUCCUCCGUGCUGAAGGCGGCGGCUCGCCGCAAGAUGCUGCAGGAAGGCGAGCAAGUUCACGUGCACGUGUUCAAGAAUGGAUUCCAAACCGACGAACGCAUUGCGACGACGUUGGUUGAUUUCUAUGCGAAGUGCAGCAGGCUGGAUGACGCCCGCAGGGUGUUCGACAGAUUGUCCGUUAAGGAUGCUCAGCUGUAUAACACUAUGAUUGCUGCACAUAUGGAGGGAGGUGAGGUGGAGCGUGCAGAGGAGCUCUUCCAGACGAUGCCGGAGAGGAACGCAUACACACUUGUGGAGAUGGUUUGUGGGUACUCCGCACGUGGUGAUAUGGACUCUGCAAAGCGUCUCUUUGAAAUAGCAGUGGCAAAGGGAGCAGAAAACACGGUUGUGUGUACAGCCAUGAUAUCUGGCUAUGCGAAAACUGGCAAUGCCGAUGAUGCUAGGGCCGUCUUUGAUGGAAUGAGAGUGCGGGAUGCUGCAACCUGGAAUGUGAUGAUUGGCAUGUAUUCAGGUGCUGGUCGGGCUGCAGAGGCUGUGGAUCUCUUCAAGAUUAUGCUGGAGACUAGAGCAAGGCCAAAGGUGGAGCCAAACCACACUACAAUCUCUAUUGUUGCAGCUGCAUGCGCGCAGUGUGGGUUACCGUCUCAGGCUAGUUGGAUACAGGAUUAUGUGGAUCGUCAUACGAUGUUGUUGAACAACCAUACUGUAGCUGCCCUCAUUGAUAUGCACUCAAAGUGUGGUAAUAUAGAAAGGGCACUUGACUUGUUCUGCAGCUGGAGGCAAAGAGAUCUUAUCUGUUACAGUUCUAUGAUCUCUGCAUUGGGCAUGCAUGGUCGUGGAAAAGAUGCAAUUGCGGUUUUUAACGAGUUGUGUGACAAUGGCUUUGACCCCGAUGAAAUCUGUUUUGUGUCAGUCCUCAAUGCUUGCAGUCAUACAGGUCUGAUUGAUGAGGGACGCGGAUACUUCAAGACGAUGAAGGAUGACUACAACAUUAUUCCUACUGUAGAACAUUAUCUGUGCGUGGUGGACUUGCUUGGUCGUGCGGGAUGCAUUGAUGAAGCUUACCAAAUGAUCACACAUGAGAUGCCAAAGGACAUUGAACCACAUGCUGGAAUUUGGGGCGCUCUGUUAAGCGCCUGUAGGACUUACUCAAAUGUGGAGAUUGGGGAGGUGGCAGCAAGUCACCUAUUCAAGUUGGAACCAAAUAACGUGGGGAAUUAUGUCCUGCUUUCAAAUAUAUACGCAAAUGCAAAGAAGUGGGAUGGAGUCCAAAAGGUUCGAGCCCUCCUGAGGAGACAAGGAAUGAAGAAGCCGCCUGGGUGGAGCCAAGUUGAUGCUGAAGGCAGUCUUAGAGAGUAUAUCACUGGUGAGCUUGACAGUGUGCUAGAGGCGGUCUUGGAGAUACUGAAUUGGGAGCUCAAGGAUCAUGGUUACACGCCAAUCAUAGAAGAUGAAUGA